AUGAACAGCGGCGCAGGGGGUGAGCCACGGGAGGGAGGAGAAGAGCGGCGGGCCCGGCGGCUCUACCCCCUGCUCCAGACGCUUGCCUCGCUGGCCCUGCUGCUAGACCUGCAUAUCUUCUUCCUCGUCUCCAUCGUUCCCACCCUCCUCCGCCACUACCCGGGCCUCGGACCCUCCCUCGUCGCCCUCUUUGCCUAUCUCUGGCUUCUCGCCAUCAGCUCCAUGGACAAGACGGUCUCCUUGGACCCCGGCAUCCAGCCCCGCGGCCUGGAUUUGAACCCGGAGAUGGUCUGGAAACCCGCGCCGAUCGACCCCGCCGAGCCCAUCAUCCAUCCCCAUCCUCCCCCUGUCUCCCAUGAAAAUAAUGCAAAGCCGCUCGAGUACAACCAGCAGCCCGUGCCACUUGACUUCCUCUCCGACAAGGAAGUCAGCUGUAUCCAGUCCAAGUUGUGCACUACCUGCGAGUCCUACCGCCCCCCAAGAUCUUCCCAUUUUGGAUGUGUGACUGCUGCAUCGACGGUGAUCAACCAUCAUUGCAGUUACCUCAAUGAGGACGUCGACUUUGCGAUUUUCUCGAUUGAGGAGAUCCCUUCCCCGUUGAGACUGUUUGCAGAGAGCCACAAUAACAUCUUGAGCUUGAGUCCUUUAAACUCAGGUCUCAUUCAACAGCCAAAUACUAUUCAGAGCGGGAAAAUAAUCGAAAACGUAGGCUGGGCAUCUGAGAGCUGCAUCCUGGAAAGUACACAAUCAAUGCGCACGGUGAACAUCAACGGAUUCUUGCUGGAGAACCUGAUCUUGAGCCCGCUGGAUGAAGCGAGUGAAUGUCUUGAUCUGGAGGAUCUCACAACGGUCAAAGUCUUGCUUCUUGCGUUCCAAUCGCAGCCUAUCACCUGA